UGCCUGAGAUGAUUGACAAAUCGAUACAUUUGAUAUCUGAUGGAGGCUUAGGAAUGGCCAUGUUCAGCUUAGGUCUUUUCAUGGCAUCACAAAGUAGUAUCAUAGCAUGUGGAACAAAAAUGUCGAUUAUAACAAUGAUUCUCAAGUUUAUAUUAGGACCUGCUCUUAUGAUUGCUUCUGCAUUUUGUAUCAGAUUACGAGGUACUCUUUUCAGAGUCACAAUAUUACAGGCUACAUUGCCACAAGGGAUCGUGCCAUUUGUUUUUGCAAAAGAGUAUAAUGUUAAUCCAGAGAUCGUUAGUACGGGGUAAAUAAAUUGUUGUUUAAUUUUUGAAAAAAUCCAUUUCUGAAAUUUAAUUUUCUGGUGUUGCUUUUGCAGGGUGAUAUUUGGAAUGCUAGUUUUCGUACCAAUAACUUUGGCAUAUUAUUUUGUACUGGACCUAUGAAUAUGACAUGCAUGUUAAUAAUUAGAACUUUUAUUUUGGUAGAUAUAUUCAAGUUACAUCACAUUUUAGUCAUGGGAUUUCUGAGAUGUUGAUUGAUAAAAGCUAAUGUCAAACCAAUACUCUCAUUUUUACAUAAUUUCAAUAAUUUACUCCUGACAUUAAAUUUAAAUUCGGGAAGUAAUCUUCUUAGGCUAAUACAUAUAUGUUUUAUUGAACCAAAUCUAAGAACAUCAUCUAAAUAAAAAUCAAAAGGCCAGAGAUAAAUAUGUAGAAUAACA